GCGAGAGACUAAAAGCAAAAAAAGGGCGCAGCAGCAUUAGCAGUUCAUACACUAUAAUACUAUCACAAAUUCACAAUUAACAAAGACGACUUCUAAAGCAAAAAGAGUGUUUUUGGUCUUUGAUUUUUGAUUUUUUAUUUUUGAGUCAUUUUCUCUCUCCUAAAUUCGCCGGAGUUUCAAUGGAGUCGCCGUCAUCGCCGUCGUCUUCGUCGUGCAGUUCGUCGUAUCCUUCUCCGUUUUCUGCUGAGAAAUUCGCUUCUCUUCCGAUUACGGCUAUGAAGGACAAAAUUGUUGACAAAAUUAUGGAGAAUCGAGUUACUCUCAUCGUCGGCGAAACUGGUUGUGGGAAAAGCUCACAGGUUCCGCUGUUUCUCCGUGAAGCAAACAUAACCCCAGUUAUUUGUACACAGCCUCGGAGGUUUGCUGUUGUAGCUGUUGCUAAAAUGGUUGCAAGUGUUGUUCAAUGUGAAGUGGGAGGCGAGGUUGGAUAUCACAUUGGGCACUCUAAGGUCAUGUCAUCCAGCUCAAAAAUCAUCUUUAAAACUGCUGGUGUACUGCUGGAGGAAAUAAGAGAAAAGGGGAUACUUGCGCUCAAGUACAAGGCUAUCAUACUAGAUGAAGUGCACGAGAGAUCAGUAGAAUCUGAUCUUGUUCUUGUCUGUGUGAAACAGUUUCUUCUUAGAAACAAAGAUAUAAGGCUGGUGUUGAUGUCUGCAACUGCUGAUAUUUCGAGAUACCGGGAUUACUUUAAGGAUCUUGGCAGGGAUGAGCGAGUGGAAGUCCUUGCUAUUCCCAGUUCUAGUCAGCACAUCAAUUUUCAGCGGAAGGUCCUUUAUCUUGAACAGGUUGCUGAACUUCUUGAUGAGAGUUCAGAGUCUUCAGACUCAUUGUCUGUGAAAUACUGUUGCGGUACAGCCCCAUCCAUGGCUAAGGCUGAUAUCAAACGUGAUGUGCACAAUCUUAUUCAUAAACUUGUCUUGUACAUACAUACAAGUGAGCCAGACAUUGAAAAGAGUAUUUUGGUUUUCCUUCCAACAUACUAUUCCUUAGAGCAGCAAUGGUACCUCUUAAAACCCUUCAGUUCAGAUUUCAAGGUCCAUAUUUUACACAGCAGUGUGGAUACAAACCAAGCUUUGAAGGCUAUGAAGAUAUCAAAGUCCCAUCGUAAGGUUAUAUUAGCUACCAAUAUUGCAGAGUCAUCAGUGACAAUUCCUGAUGUUGCAUAUGUCAUUGAUUCUUGCCGGUCACUACAAGUUUACUGGGAUGACAACCGAAAAAUGGAUACAUCUGAGCUUGCUUGGGUUUCUAAAUCUCAGUCUGAUCAGCGUAAAGGAAGAACUGGCAGAACGUGUGAUGGCCAGAUUUAUAGGUUGGUUACAGGAUCAUUUUUUAAUAAGCUGCCAGAAUUUGAGUCCCCUGCAAUUCUCAAGCUAUCACUAAGACUACAGGUGCUCUUCAUUUGCUGUGCCGAAUCAAAACUUAUUAAUGACCCAAAAGCUUUGUCCCAGAAGGCUUUGGACCCACCUGAUCUUGAGAUUAUAGAGGAUGCACUGAACUUACUAGUUCAUAUAAAGGCCCUUCACAAAGCUCAUCCUAGGGGUCGAUAUGAACCCACCUUUUAUGGACGAUUGCUCGCCAGUUUCUCCUUAUCUUUUGAUGCUUCUGUGCUGAUCCUCAGAUUAGGUGGUGCUGGAAUGUUACGUGAGGGCAUUUUACUUGGCAUAUUGAUGGAUUUGCAGCCACAGCCCAUUAUUCGUCCCUUUGGUCAGGAAAUUCGGUUUAUGGAAUAUACUGAUUCCUACUUUGCUGUAAACGGAGAGAAUCCUUCUCUGGCUGGAAGGAAAGAGGUGGUUUGCAUGGCAAAUCUGUGUGCUUAUCAAUUUUGGCAGCGAGUAUGUAAGGAUAAGCAACGGUUGCAGCGUUUGAAACAACUUUUAAAUGUCGAGGAGAUAAAAGCACCGCAUGUGUUGCUCUCUAAAAUCGAAGAAGAAUGGUGCUGCUUCCAUAAUCUGUUGCAGGCAUCGAUGCAUCAGAUUUCUGAAAUAUACAAUGAAAUUUUAUGCUCGUUGCAUCAAUAUAGGCCUAAGUUUCUUGCCACAUCUUGUGGCUUGCCCUCUUACUAUGAUCCUUAUGAAUUUAGACAUACGUGCCUUUUAGAAUGUCAGCCAAAUGACGAUUUGGAUGCUCUUCUUGAGGAUGAUGAAACAAAGAAAUGCCUUGCUACACCAUUUGUGUCCCCUCACCACUUUCAAAGUCAAAGCAUGGCAGAGAAGUUUGCAACUGUUAUUAAAGAGAUCCGAGUUCAGCAUGCAGAAGCCUUGGUUGGAGACCCUCACCAGUAUGUUAAUGAGAGGGAAUCACAUUUUAACGUGGAAGUAUCAAUGUGUAGGUUUUUUGUCCAAGGGUAUUGUAAGAGAGGCAGUGAUUGUCUAUUCUCCCAUUCACAACAAGCCAAAAAACCUGUGUGCAAAUUUUUUGCAUCUUUGCAGGGUUGUCGAAAUGGUGACGCAUGUGUCUUUUCUCAUGAUCAUGGUGCUCAAUUCGUGUCUGCUGGAUCAAGUUUAUGCAUUCCAGAAGAUGAGGCUGGUGAUGCUGCAGCAUUUAUUAAAUUAUUUCCCACAUCUUCCGAUGGCUGUCUAUUGUUACUGGAUGACACAGACUUGCUUUUUUCAUCAACGUUCUCUCAGCAUUGUGAAUCAUCAAAGAUUAUAGCCACAACCUCUCUUUCAAAGACCACUAUAUUUGAUCCAUCUCUGUCUGGUGUUCAAAUUUUGUGGGGCAUAAGUCAACCUUUUGAGAUUUUUAAAUCUGGAGCAGUUGAAAAUUCAAUUUCUUGGGACAAAGUGAAGCGUAUCUUCUGGUUUCCUAAUUUUGAUAGUUGUGAAGAAAUCGCGGAAAACCAAAAGCAUCUUAUACAUAACUUUUUUGAGCAUUUGGCUAUCCGCAUUUUAGCUGAUAUGCUGUUUGAAGUUCAUGUCAUCCUUACCAUGAACAAUGUCAGGUUCUCACGCCUACAGGUGGAGAAGUUGGGUGCAGAGUGCUUCUUCUUUCUUAAGGAGUCUUUCCAGUUUGAUGAAACUACUUUUGGAGUUGUACCAGAUGCUGUCAAUACAAAAAAACCUCUAGUAACAUCCAGUCCCAUUUCCUAUGUUUUCACCUUGCAUCCGCCUUCUGACCUGCAGUUUGGAGAUUAUGCUUCUGCUUUGCAUGAUAGUCUACACAGCAACCAGUAAAUAAUUAGACUGGCUACUUACAACUUGUAAAUAUAGAUUUGUGGGCUUAAUAUGGGUCAAUCUGUGCAGUUUCUGUAGUGUUUUUGUGUCGCUGUAACUAUCUGAAGCAUAAUGUGAUCUUUACUUCUUUAGUACUUAGUAUGGGAAGAACUGCACUGUCUAGCUAACCAGCCAACUUGAAAUUGCAUAUUGGAAUAUGAUGAAUAUGAUUUUAUGCGGAAAAUCAUUUUGAUAACUGAAUCUCUGGGCAUUUUGUGGUUCUCUCUCACUUCCUCUUCAUCAUUUUGUUCAACCCUUGUGUUUUAGGACAAAAACCUCUUUACGUUCAUGAUCAAUAAAGGUUUACUCGUCCUCCC